GUGUUAUUUACGGAGAUGAAUAUUUACUAUGACGUCAGCGUCAGGAGGACUUAUGACGUCACUAACAUUUGGGAUUGACGGUUUCGAAAGUAAAUAAAAACACAGCUGUUUAUAGACGCGGGGCCGUGAAUCCAUUCACAUAAUUAUCUACUGCCACCCUCGUUGCCAUCUAAAACUGCGCCGAGGUCAGGAUUCCCGAUGCCCACAAACAAGUCAGAGGAACCACCACCACCACCACCCUCAAAGGGUCGACCUAAAAAGCCAAAAAUACCCGAAAGCCUCAACAUUAUCCGCCGCAAGGAUCUUACUUUAGGGCCAGUGAUUGGACAAGGCGAGUUCGGGUCGGUGUUAAAAGGAGAAUACACUGUUUCUGGAAGCUCGACUCGUAAAGAAAAAAUGGAGGUUGCGCUGAAGACGUUUCUCCCCGAGUCUGUAGAGAACCCUGAAGAGUUCUUCAAGGAAGCGGUGACCAUGCAAGAACUGGACCACCAGUAUAUAGUCAAAAUGCUCGGCGUGUGUCACGAGGACAGUAUCAUGCUGGUGGUGGAGUACAUAGCAAUGGGCUCGGUGCUGGAAUAUCUGCCUAAACACUCGGACAAGAUCUCGGUGAACGACUUGAAUCUGUGGGCUGGUCAGAUCGCCAAUGGAACCUCGAGGAGAAACACCUCGUGCACCGUGACCUGGCUGCAAGAAACAUACUGCUCAAGUCGAAAACAACAGUUGGUGGUCUAAACAUACUGCUCAAGUCUAAACAACAGGUGGUUGUCUAAACAGCAGGUGCUAGUCUAAACAGCAGGUGCUAGUCUAAACAUACUGUUCAAGUCUAGAUACCAGGUGCUAGUCCAAACAGCAGGUGAAAAUGACUGACUUUGGUUUAUCACGAGCUCUUGGAGUUGAUAGUGAUUACUACACAGCAGCCCAAGAAGGUCGAUGGCCAUUUAAGUGGUUAGCACCAGAAAGUAAUUUCCACAGAAAGUUCUCCCAUGCUAGCGAUGUCUGGAGUUACGCAAUCACUCUGUGGGAAAUGUUUUCUUUCGGCAUAGAACCAUAUGAAGAGUUGGAAGCAGAUGAGACAAUCGAGUUUGUUCACAGUGGGCAGCGUUUGUCGAAGCCGGAGAAGUGUCCUGACCAGGUGUAUGAGAAGAUGUUGGAAUGCUGGUCACCGAAACCCGAAUGUCGACCGAAAUUCAAAGAUUUGGAUGCCUUUUUUCAAGGUCUUGUCCAUGCAUAAAUAUGCUCUCUGAUUUGUGUCAAGCACUGAAAGAUAAUCAUUGAAACAUUUCAAAUAUGUUUUAAAAUCAAGAUAUAUAAUUGAACGAAGCAUCUAUCAUAGUAAACGUUUACACCAUAAAUUAGAAACAAAGUGGGCUUUAUGUAAUAUGUCGGCAGGCAAUAAUUGGACAGAAUUUUAUAAUAAUAUUUUAUUUUUGUGUGUGUUUGUAUUUCGAUUGUCAUUAUAUAUGCUAGAUAUACAACCCAAUUAUAAUGGUGUAUUUUUGUUAUUUUUUUAUUAUUAUUAUUUUUUUAUAGUGAAACGUUGUCUGUGUAUGUAUGUACGUAUAUAUGCAUGUAUGUAUGUAUGUGUAGACGGGUGUAUGAGUGUGAACAUGUAUGUGUAUGUCGGUGUACAUCGAUAUGUAAAUAUACCUUUUUCAUCUUAAUGUCUAUGUAUGUGUCCGUGUGUGUAAUGGAAGGAAUAUUUUAAUAAAUAAAUCUUCGCAGAA